GCCUGCUGUUAGAUCAGAUCAUUAAGAAUCUCUCAAAUGCAGCAGCACUGGACUCUAAACAGAAAGUGAAGAUGAUGGUAUACUCAGCGCAUGACACAACAAUUGUAGCCCUACAGGAAGCUCUGAAUGUCUUUAAUGGCCUGCAGCCACCUUAUGCCUCAUGUCAUCUAUUUGAACUUCACCAGGAAGAGAAUGGGACGUUUUCAGUGGAUAUGUUUUAUCGCAACGACACUAAUGUGUCUGAGCCGUACUCUGUGUCUUUACCGGGCUGUUCCCAGCGCUGCCCCCUUCAGGACUUUGUGAACCUCACACGUGAAGUCAUACCACAAGACAGGAAUAAAGAGUGUCAGAUAAAGGAGGAGGCCACAGACACUGGGGUCAUCAUCGGGCUGGCAGUGUGUGGAUGUCUUCUCUUCCUCCUGAUACUGCUGCUGUUUGCAGUGCUAUGCCGUCUAAAAGAGCCCAUGGCAAGCUACAGUCAUGUCAUAAACGAGAGUGACUCCUGACAAUCAUAUCGGCUCCUCCGCAAAGAGGAACUGUGGGACAGUGAAGAGGACCUAUGAGGACACAGCGCCAAGUUGUUGAGAAACUCUAAAGACAGAACUCUUUUUGGUCACACAUUUUUUAUAUUGGGGAAGAGCUGGUAAGAGUUGGUAAUGUUUUAUUACUUUACUUUACCUUAAGUGUUUUUAGAGAAAAAAGGGAAUCAAGAUUUGGGAUGGC